UGAGCCCUAGACCCACACCAGGAAGGAAGAGAGACACCCCCAUGAUGGAGUCGCUCAGAGACGGUGUUUCCAACACUCCCGAGGGGCAGCCGCCUCAGCGUCUCCUGCAGGAACGGCAGCAGGCCCUCUGCAAGCAUGUGGGGUUUAACGGCCACUUACACAGCUCGCGGUACAUGGGUCUGCCAGGCUGAGGUACCGUGCCCUUCCCAGUGCCAACAGAACCCGAGUAAUAUACGAUCUUACAAAUCACUCUCAGACGGUUUGGAAACGUUGAAGAGACAGAAAGGAGACUAUGGGAACGCCGGAUACUCUUUAGACUUUAAAGAGGCAGAGCUGGGGGAAAGUUCUAUCUUUGGACAGCAAAUCACUCUUUCCUUCUGUUGCUCUUACAGCCAGGAACACGUGUGCGUCUGAUCUGUUCUUCUUCAGACAGAAUAGCCUUGAACUGAAGAAAAGGUGGGUACUCUGGUUCCCUAAAUGUUCCAUCUCCCCGAGAGCAGACACGGGGCUGGGGUCCACCGCCUCACUGACCUCAUGAGGACGAGCGAGGGUGAAGCAGGAUGAGUCUCCGCAUCUGCGCCCAGUGCCCGCUCUGCCUCCACCCUCCCCACCACAAGCCAGGAAUAACCACGCCACACGCCUCGCAGGAGUGAGCACUCGCUUCCUGUCCGCCCCCUGGGAUGCGCAGCUGACUCAGAGCCACCCCAAGUAGGGAUGGGCAGAAACCAAGGCAAGAAUCGAAGUGGCGGCCUGUUUCAAGCAGGUCCCACUCAAUGGAGCUGGAAAUAGAUCGACUCCGACAGGCUGCCAUUCCCGCUAAGUGGGAUGAGAACAAAGAGCCAGGUGUCUGCACAGCAGGUUCUGCCCUCACCCUCCCCUCGUGCCCACGGCCAGGUGUCUCCACAGCAGGCUCUGCCCUCACCCUCCCCUCAUGCCCAUGGCCAGGUGUCUGCACAGCAGGUUCUGCCCUCACCCUCCCCUCGUGCCCACGGCCAGGUGUCUCCACAGCAGGCUCUGCCCUCACCCUCCCCUCAUGCCCAUGGCCAGGUGUCUGCACAGCAGGUUCUGUCCUCACCCUCCCCUCGUGCCCACGGCCAGGUGUCUCCACAGCAGGCUCUGCCCUCACCCUCCCCUCAUGCCCAUGGCCAGGUGUCUCCACAGCAGGCUCUGCCCUCACCCUCCCCUCGUGCCCACGGCCAGGUGUCUCCACAGCAGGUUCUGUCCUCACCCUCCCCUCGUGCCCACAGCCAGGUGUCUCCACAGCAGGCUCUGCCCUGACCCUCCCCUCAUGCCCACGACCAGGUGUCUCCACAGCAGGAUCUGUCCUCACCCUCCCCUCGUGCCCACGGCCAGGUGUCUCCACAGCAGGCUCUGCCCUCACCCUCCCCUCAUGCCCACGGCCAGGUGUCUCCACAGCAGGAUCUGCCCUCACCCUCCCCUCGUGCCCACAGCCAGGUGUCUCCACAGCAG